AUGGUCGGCACUUACGCUCCGGUGCCCUUGCAGGGCCUGGCGGCGCCGCCGCCGCGGCUGCGAGGGCCCGCCGCGGUGCCCGCGGUGGCGGCGUCCAGCGCGCGGCUGCCCGCUGGGGCGGGGCCAGCGCAGCAGCACUACAGGCCUCUGGCCACGCAGGCACGCGCCACGCCGGCGGCCGUGUGGCACGCCGCUCCCGAGCCAGCGGCGGCGUGCUUCGGCGGAGUGCCAGGCGCGGUGCACAGGCCCCCCGCCUCGGUGCAAUCCUCGCAGGCCCAGGAGCCGCUCGCCCGGGCAGCGGGCGGCCUGCGGGCGAGCCCGCAGGAGCCCAUCACGAGAGCGCUGUUGGCGCGCAGGUGA